ACACCACAAACCAGGGACCAAAAUGACAGACUCCAAGUACUUCACCACGACGAAGAAAGGGGAGAUCUUUGAGCUGAAGGCAGAGCUGAACAGCGACAAGAAGGAGAAGAAGAAGGAGGCCGUGAAGAAGGUGAUCGCGUCCAUGACCGUUGGCAAGGAUGUCAGCACUGGGAUGGCCCUCUUUCCAGACGUGGUGAACUGCAUGCAGACCGAUAACCUGGAGCUGAAGAAGCUGGUCUACCUGUACCUCAUGAAUUAUGCCAAGAGCCAGCCAGACAUGGCCAUUAUGGCUGUCAACACCUUCGUAAAGGACUGUGAGGACCCCAACCCCCUGAUCCGGGCCCUGGCUGUGCGGACAAUGGGCUGCAUCCGGGUGGAUAAGAUAACGGAGUACCUCUGUGAGCCCUUGAGAAAGUGUCUGAAGGACGAGGACCCCUACGUGCGCAAGACCGCAGCCGUCUGCGUGGCCAAGCUCCACGACAUCAACGCCCAGCUGGUGGAGGACCAGGGCUUCCUGGACACGCUGAAGGACCUCAUCUCGGACUCCAACCCUAUGGUGGUGGCUAAUGCGGUAGCGGCCCUUUCCGAGAUAGCAGAGUCCCACCCCAGCAGCAACCUGCUGGACCUGAACCCCCAGUCCAUUAACAAGCUGCUGACGGCCCUGAACGAGUGCACCGAGUGGGGGCAGAUCUUCAUCCUGGACUGCCUGGCAAACUACAUGCCCAAGGACGACCGGGAGGCCCAGAGCAUCUGUGAGCGGGUGACGCCCCGGCUGUCCCACGCCAACUCUGCCGUGGUGCUCUCCGCAGUGAAAGUGCUGAUGAAGUUCAUGGAGAUGCUGUCGAAGGACCUGGAUUAUUAUGGCACCCUGCUGAAGAAGCUGGCUCCUCCUCUGGUCACGCUGCUCUCGGCCGAGCCGGAGCUGCAGUACGUGGCUCUGCGCAACAUCAACCUCAUUGUGCAGAAGAGGCCGGAAAUCCUCAAGCAUGAGAUGAAGGUGUUCUUCGUGAAGUACAACGACCCCAUCUACGUUAAACUGGAGAAACUGGACAUCAUGAUCCGCCUGGCCUCCCAGGCCAACAUCGCGCAGGUGCUCGCCGAGCUGAAGGAGUACGCCACCGAAGUGGACGUGGACUUUGUGAGGAAGGCCGUGCGAGCCAUCGGCCGCUGUGCCAUCAAGGUGGAGGUGAGCGGCAGGGGCUGGGGGGGGUGGCGGGGGCGGUGGAGUGCGCCGGAGCUGCCCUUGCAGCCCCAGGCCCGAGCAGCCAUGAUCUGGAUCGUGGGCGAAUACGCGGAGCGGAUCGACAACGCGGACGAGCUGCUGGAGAGCUUCCUGGAGGGCUUCCACGACGAGAGCACCCAGGUGCAGUUGCAGCUGCUGACGGCCAUCGUAAAGCUCUUCCUGAAGAAGCCGACUGAGACUCAGGAGCUGGUGCAGCAGGUGCUGAGCCUCGCGACUCAGGUGGGAGGGCUGCUGGCAGUGCUGGUCCCUGGGCCGGUGAGGAGCCCGUGCCUUGCUCUAAUUGCUGCCUUCCCAAACAUCUCCGAGGAGACGGACCUGAUUGAGCCCACGCUGCUGGACGAGCUGAUCUGCUACAUCGGCACUCUGGCCUCCGUGUACCACAAGCCCCCCACUGCCUUCGUGGAGGGGAGCAGAGGCAUCGUGCAUAAGAGCUUGCCUCCGCGGACGGGCUCGAGCGAGAGCGCAGAGAGCCCCGACGCAGCCCCCUCGGGGCCCCCCCCUUCAGAGCCACCAGCUGUUAUCCCAACUCAGGGGGACCUCCUGGGGGACCUCCUGAACCUGGAUCUGGGCCCCCCCGCGGAAGGCUUGGACAGCCUGGCCGUGGCGCCCCGAACGGUCUGGCUCCCAGCCAUGAAGGCCAAGGGGCUGGAGAUCUCUGGCACAUUCAGCCGUCAGGUGGGCACCAUCUCCAUGGACCUCUUGCUGACGAACAAGGCCUUGCAGGUGAUGUCCGACUUCGCCAUCCAGUUCAACCGGAACAGCUUUGGCCUGGCACCAGCAGCUCCUCUCCAGAUCCACGCCCCUCUCGCGCCCAACCAGACCGUGGAGAUCUCCCUGCCUCUCAACACGGUUGGCUCAGUCAUGAAGAUGGAGCCUCUCAACAACCUGCAGGUCGCCGUGAAGAACAACAUCGACGUGUUCUACUUCAGCACCUUGUACCCGCUGCACAUCCUCUUCGUGGAAGACGGGAAGAUGGAGCGGCAGAUGUUCCUGGCCACCUGGAAGGAUAUUCCGAAUGAGAACGAAGCCCAGUUCCAGAUCAAAGAGUGUCCUCUCAGUGCAGAUGCUGUUAGCAGCAAGCUUCAAGGCAGCAACAUCUUCACGGUAGCCAAGCGCAACGUGGAGGGCCAAGACAUGCUGUACCAGUCUCUCAAGCUGACCAAUGGGAUCUGGGUCCUGGCGGAGCUGCGAAUCCAGCCCGGCAGCCCCGGCUUAAUGCUCUCUGUGAAGUGCCGUGCGCCCGAGGUCUCCCCAUACGUGUACCAAGCCUACGAGACCAUUGUGAAGAACUGAGGCCCACAGCUGCUCCCCUCUCCUGUGCCCCGCUGAGGGAACGGCUCCGUUUGCAAGCUCAAGACCCCUGGAGACCACUGGCUCCCUGCUGCUGUGCGUGACGUGAAUGGCCAUCCUGUGCCGGGUUGGGGGAGGAGGGGGAGGUCAAGCUGUGAGUCAGUGCCUCUGUGUAGAAUUUUGUCCUGUAAAGUCAUGCAGUGUCCUCUUGGCUGCCGCUGUCCUUU